AUGUUCCUUCACUGGACUGACAUGCAACACGGUCAGCGGACGCAGUCUGAAUGCGAGAAGUGCAAGUUGACUGCGACAGCGCCGGCCAAGCCGGACGUGCGAUGGCUUUCAGAAAAUAUCUUUCAAGAUGGCCUACGCCCAAGUUCCUACCAUCAGUCAAAGGCCACACUUUGCACUCGUUUACAGUCGUGCAAGGACAUUCGAGUAGGGAUCGACGAAAAAUGGGCAAUCCAGGAAGGGUCCCUGGUGAUCUCGAUUGACCCUAUGUACACGAAUAUCGAUUAUGAUGGGCGAGCAGCAGAUGAAUUUGAACUGGCUCAUGGUGACUUCUACGUCGUCUGUCGUAUAUACGCUGAUCUAUGGGCGCUUUGUGCCAAAGUUUCAUUCUGUGAACAGGCAGAAAGUUGUCCAGGGAUCCUUGGGUUUCUCCCCCUCUGUGCGUUAACCCUGGCAGCAAAUUUCAAUGCAUUUGUCAAGCGAUGCUCCUGCUAUGCGAGCACACCGAAUAACGAGCUGAGUUAUCCUGGGAAUGGUCUCUCCGUUACACCUCCAGAACGUUCCCAUAGCCUAAAUGCCAGCAGGCAACUGUUUCAAGGAAACUCGCCGGAGAUAACAGUGCCAGCGAUGGUCUAUGAGGCAUUCAAUAUUUUCUCCUUGGAAGGGACGGGCGUAGAUUUCGUCCCCCUCGAUUCCACUCUCGAGCCACUGCUUUCUGAGAUGGGAGUUGGCCGGGGACCACUAGGACGUCAACUGUCGCUCAAGAGAAUAUGGCAUAAUUUGCGGUUCUCUGAGCCAGAGGCAUCAGACAAAUUGCAGAGUCCUUUUACACAGUCGAGGUUUCGACGCCAUAGCCGCAGGAAUCGAUCCAGUUCUUCAUCAACCAGCCAAGGGCUGAAGUGGCCAGCUAGAGUGUCUCAAGAACAACCGAGACGACGCCGACACCAUAUACGAGAGUUGAUUUCUAGUGGUAGCGAAAGGCUACGAUAUCAUUCACGAAGCAACUCGACCGAGUCAGAUUCCUGGUGGCGAUAA